AUAAUAAUAUGCGUAAUGCGAUUUAUUAAUUUCUUUUUCCGUGUUCUUAAAAUAUAUAUUAUAUACGUUCGGUGAAUCUUUUGCUUACUUUACCUGUGAGCCGUAACUGCCGAUUACAUUAGUGGCAAUACAAACCAAUAUAUUAUAAAUUGUAUUCAAGAUCCAUAAUUCAUAAGAUUAAAUUUACGUAUUCCUCGUAGUAUUUAUUUAUCUUUACUGUGAUAUUUUUAGUCAUAACUGCUUGUUUUGCUUUUGGAAACCCAACGUAAUUGUACAUCUUUCGCACCAUAUUUUGCGUUAUUAUCCCGCAGAUCGUAAGUUAUAUAUUUUCAUUAAACCAUGGCCCAAAACGUUAAUCCAAGGCUCGAGGGUAGUUCGUCAAACUCGCCGAAACGGAGUGAAGAUAUGAAUGACAGAAUAGAAUCGAAUAAAGUCGUUCAAAGAUUGCAAAAAGAACUAAUGAGUUUGAUGAUGUCAUGUGAUGAAUCAGUAUCAGCUUUCCCGGAUGGUGAUAAUCUAUUUAGAUGGAUUGCUACAAUAGUUGGACCAAAAGAUACUGCAUAUGAAAAUUUAAAAUACAAAUUAAGUAUGGAAUUUCCACGUGGCUAUCCAUAUAAACCACCAACUGUUACUUUCUUAACUCCUUGUUUUCACCCUAAUGUGGAUUUUGCAAGUGGUUCCAUUUGUUUGGAUAUUUUAAAAGAAAAAUGGUCUGCUAUGUAUGAUGUCAAAGCAAUACUUAUAUCAUUACAGUCACUUCUUGGAGAGCCAAAUAAUGAAAGUCCUUUAAACGUUAAAGCAGCACAAAUAUGGCCGAGACAAGAAGUUUUUAAAGCAACAUUGUUAAGUACUUACAAAGAGCCUGAAUCCACCUAAAAAAUAGUGUACCAAUUUCAACUACUAAAUAGUUUACUGUUCAACUUAUUAUUUUUAAUUUUCUUUUAAAAUACAGUCAUCUAUAGGAUUAUUAAUGUAAACUAUUUUAAUCAGACGUCAGAGAAAUAUAAUUAUUUUCUGUAGUGUAUCAUACAACUUUUUCUAAUUUCUAGUAUUAUAUUACAUUUUGGUUUACAUGAAAGUAUGUACUUUUUACUUAUCCUUUUUCUUACUAAUACUAUAUGUAUGAUCAUAUUCCUGCUAUUUAGGUAUGAAUUAAACUAUUUUAUAUUUAAUUUGUGACAUGUACAUGGGAUUUAUACUAUUUUU